GGCUCGUGAACCACACAACUUUACUCUGACGCUUCGGGAUUCGCGUCUCAGACGUUCGACGAUCGGGAACAAUACCGAGACGUUCGAACCAACUUUAAAGUAGUGCUACGUCAUUAUGAGACGUUCCGACAACUCGUGAUAUUAAAAUUCAUAAAAUUUUAUAGAUCCCGAUCUGCUGAAAGUUCAACCCUAUUUUUCGUUUCUAUUUACGAACCACUCUAAACAGAGGAGCGCAGACAUCUCCCUCGUGUGACACGAAAAAAAACAAUGCAGAUUCAAACUUAAAGAUCGACGGAGAGGGGUUGCUGGCACGCGUGGCAUUGGAAUUCUGAUAACGAGUCUCAUCUCUCGCUCAUCGAGAAAGUGAUCGGAGAGCGCUCGGAGUCAUCGUUAACCUCGAUUGGCGCAAAUUCAUUUAAAUGGCCUCGACCAUUUCGGAAGUACCAAAGCCCUCGAGGUGGUCGGUCGUUUGGCCUCAAUGGCUCGCAGCAGUCGACGUGUUCAUGCUGUCGAUCGUGGUCGGGAUGAUCGGUGGAUGGUCGUCACCGUAUCUGGCAAAGUUCGCUGGUCCUGACUCCGAAUUAGCAGCAACGGAUGCAGAGGCGUCUUGGGUAGCGGCGAUAAUAGGACUGGGACGCAUAAUCGGUGCGAUGUUCGGUGUGCUGAGUGUCGAUCAAUUUGGUACGAAAGCAUCGUGCCUUUACUGCGCUGUACCAUUGGUGCUCGGUUGGGCGUGUCUCUUGAUGGCAAAUAGUAUAGUUUUGGUUUACGUAUCGCGUAUACUCAGUGGUCUUGGAAUGGGAAUGUAUUACUCGACAUUCCCAUUGUACAUCGGUGAGAUAUCGGAUCCCAGCAUACGUGGUUCGUUGGUGGGUUUGAUAACGCAGGGCUUACCAGUCGGUAACGUUCUCGGUAACAUUGUCGGUGCUUAUACACCGAUGUGGAUCUUUUCGUGCGUCAGCUUAGUGCCAAAUCUUCUGUUUAUCGGAUCGUUCUACAUAAAGCCCGAGUCACCUCAUUAUUUGGUGCUCAAAGGACGGAACGAGCAAGCGAAGGCUUCCUUGGAGUGGUACAACCGGGGUGUGGACAUGAGCGAAGAGUUGGAAACAAUUAAACAAUUCACAGCGUUCAAGGGGAGCGUCACGUACAUGGACAAAUUUCGUGAGAUCGCUCAGCCCGUUAAUCGCAAGGCAAUAAUGCUCGUCAACGUCGUAUACAUCCUCGUACAACUGAGCGGUCUUUGGACGAUGGCUUUUUACAUGGAAAUCAUACUGAAGAACGCCGGUGUCACGGUCGUUGCGCCAUCGACGGUUGUCAUAAUCGUCGGAGUUUUGGGCAUCGUUGCCGGCUGGAGCACUACUUAUACCAAUGACGCUUGCGGACGGAAAAUCAUGCUCUCUUUAUCCAGCUUUGGCGUAGCUCUCGCACUCGUCACACUUGGCGCUGAUUACCAGCUUUUGAAUCUCGGUUACGACUCCAAACAUCCGGUUUUACAAUGGCUACCAAUUCUAUCGAUAAUCGGCUUUCAAAUGAGCCUCGCCAUUGGUAUCAUGCCGGUACCGAGUACUCUCAUCAGUGAAAUGUUUCCACCCAACAUCAAGAGCAUGGCGACGUGUCUCAUCAACAUGACGUCCGCCGCGUUCGCCUUCUUCACCAGCAAAACCUAUCAACCCAUGGUCGAUUUUUUCUCAGAAAAAUAUGUCUUCUGGUUCUACGCGGCCCUCAUGCUUCUUCUCACCCUCUACACUUGGCUUGUUCUCCCAGAAACCAAGGGUAAAUCUUUGCCAGAGAUACAGCUCAUGCUGACCAAAAGAAGAGAAUCCAUGGCGAUGAAGAAAAAAUCGAUCGCUAUUAUAUCUAAUGGUUCUUACGCGUAAACGAAGAAUCGUUCUCUCCCCCCUUCUCGAUUGUCCACGGAGCCGAAUGAGUCCAAUGAUUCUUCGCAUGAUUUAGAAAUUAUUUUCUUUCGCUUCCCAGCAGAGACAAUAUUAUUCUGCCCGAGGCUGAUGCAAGAGUUGAUAUUCUUUAUUUAUUCAACUGUUUUGAUGUCGCAAUUUUUUCAUAUCAGAAUGAGAUUUGUGUUUUAAUAACCUGUACAGUAUUUUGUAUAAAAUAAUAAAUAGAAAGAAAACCCUCGCAGCUGGUCUGUUGAGAGCGAAUUAUACAAUA